GUGCUAUUUAUAUCUAGUAUUCUUAAAACAGCUGUACUUCAUGUAUGUACGUAUGAAAAUCGAGUGCUUUUAAUUGUCGUCUUACAACGACGUCAGACUGCUUCCUAUUGCGUAAGACACUUUUUUUAGCUUUCAUUGGGCCUAAGUUUUUAUUGCUGUUUUGUAAUUGGUUGAAAUUUUGGAGAACCACUCUAAAAUUUUAAUAAGCCGACGUGGUAACAUAACGAGAGCACAACAUGAUGACUGUGAUAACACUAUUCAUCACUGAAUACUGAUACGAGUGUUUUUAAAUACGUUUAUAUACUGAUAAUUCACCAUUCGUAUUGAGAAGUUACGAUUUAUUUCAGUAUGUAUAAAACGUUGCUUUUCUGUUUAAUAAGUGUAAAAUAUGGGCUAAGCGCCAACAUUUUAUACGUUUCACCUAUAUCUUCACAUAGUCAUCAUAUAUGGAAUCGAGCUUUAGCAUUCGGACUAGUCAACAAGGGCCACCAUGUAACAUUAUUUGGACCUGACAAAGAUAAAGUACAACCAAAGAAUUAUUCUCAUAUUUAUAUUGAAGGUCUUUACAAGGAGCUGGACGAUAGUUUCGAUGUGAAUGAAAUGGCAGCGUAUAGUCCAACAAGAAUGUUGAUUCAGUUCGAAGACUGGUGCACUUAUUCCUGCGACAUAGUCUUAAAAUCAAAAGGAUUAAAAAUAUUGCUAAGCUAUCCUCCCGAUUCUUUCGAUCUUAUUAUAUUUGAUGUAACAAUGGGCUCUUGUUUAUAUCCUUUAAUCCACAAGUUUAACUACCCUCCAAGUAUUGCUGCCACAGCGUUUCCGUUACCUACAUACGUUGCACAUACUUUUGGUAACCAAUUACAGCCAUCAUAUAUUCCCUGGUAUGGGCUUCCUUACACAACCGAUAUGAGUUUCACGGAAAGAGUUUGGAACUUUUUGUUCACUUACGCCGACGUGAUUAAAAGACAUGUAAGUUUAUACAAAAAAGAACAUAAUUUAGCCAAAGCGGUUUUUGGAGAAAAUAUCCCACCAAUGGAUGAAUUAGAACGCCAUAUUUCUUUAGUUUUGACUAAUACUGACCCAAUUUUGAAUUACCCUCAACCAAUUGCACCAAAUUUUAUACCGGUUGGUGGACUUCACACACGAAGAUCUGAAAAUCUACCUCAAGAUAUACAAACGAUAUUGGAUAAUGCCAAACAUGGAGUUGUAGUUUUUUCGUUGGGUACCAAUGUACGUUCUGAUAAAUUAGAUAAACGGACACAGAAGGCAUUGUUGGAAGCUUUUAGUAAAAUCCAGCAAACUGUUAUCUGGAAAUUCGAAAGUGAAAUUGACAAUUUACCAAAAAAUGUAAUUGUGAGAAAGUGGUUGCCUCAGAAUGACGUUAUAGGACACCCCAACGUAAAAUUAUUUAUUGGACAUGGUGGUGCUCUAAGCACACAAGAAGCAAUUUACCACGGUGUCCCUAUGAUUUGUAUUCCUUUCGUCGUGGAUCAACGUAUCAAUUCAAAAUUAAUUGUUAAAAAAAAGUUAGGUGUUGAUCUUGAUUUCAAGCAAAUAACUGCCGGUUAUGUGCUUCAAAAAAUUAGAGAAGUUUUAGAUAAUCCAAUGUAUUCAGAAAAUAUGAAAAAGUCUUCGAAUACAUUUAAAGACAGGCUAGAGACUCCACUAGAAAGGGGCAUCUUUUGGGUCGAAUAUGUACUCCGACAUGGAGGUGCAGAAUUUUUGUCAACUCCUGCUAGAGAUUUUUCAUAUUUUAAAGCAUCUAGUUUGGAUGUUAUCACAUUUCUCUUUGUCAUAACUUUUGUCACAACAAUUAUUUUCUAUAGAAUUGUGACUUUUAUUGUGAAAACUUGUGCGAAAAAGAAAAAAGCCAAAGUAGAGUAAGUUUAAAUAAAUAAGAUAAAAUUCAAACCUGUAAUAAUGAGCAAUAAAAACUUACAAUAUUUUCUA